CUGAAGCCAUAGCUAAACUGCAGAGAAAAGAUGUUGUGGUCCUUGCUGACGGGAGGAAUGACACUCCAGGACAUUGUGCACAAUACUGCAGUUACACUGCAAUGGAGAAUGAUACACGGGAGAUCAUCAGUGUUGUAACUGUAGAUAAGAGACAGACCGACAGAAGAUCAACUGUUAUGGAAAAGGAGGCCUUCAUUCGAACAGUUGAUCAGCUUAUGGCUGAGGUGAAGCUGGUGGAAAUCUGUACAGAUGCCCACUCACAGAUUAGUGCUGUCAUGGAUCCUGAAAAGGGGAGGUAUAAGGGACAUGGAAUAAAUCACAGUCUUGACAUGUGGCAUGGAGCUAAAAACCUGGCCAAAAAAAUCGCUGCAGCUGCCAAGAUAAAGGAACAGUCGGCUCUACUACUAUGGCUAAAGGACAUUGUAAAUCACUUUUGGUGGUGUUGCAAAAAAGCAGAAAACUUUGAAGAGUUCUUGAUACUGUGGGUUGGAAUAAUCCACCACGUAUGCAAUGAGCAUGAGUGGGCAACUGGCCAGUGUCAACAUGGUCCAAUAGAGGAAGCCCAAAAGGAGUGGAUAGAGAAAGAUUCAAAGGUUCAUGAGGCGCUUGUGGAUAUUGUUCUGAAGAAGCGGUGGCUGAAGGAUAUCCAUAAGUACUUGCGUUUUAGAUCUACAGCUGACUUGGAGAGUUUUCACAACCACGUCCUCAUGUAUGCAAGCAAGCGUUUUGCUUUCACUCCUCCAGUCUAUGAAGCCCGUGUUAUUCUGGCUGCCCUGGACUACAACUUCCAUCUUGGUCGGCCAACAAGACAGAGAGCAGAUGGCUCCAACAUGUACACACGGAUUUUCAGAAAAAAUGCAAAACGUUAUAGCGUUUAUGCAUUGAAGACACCAAAAACAUAUGGCUACAUUCAAGCGCUGCAGACUGAGGUAGUGAAGUGUAGAUUGGAAGCAGAUAAAGGCAUGCCAAGAACACGGACACUGAGGCCAGAUGAUCCACGCAAGCUCGGUCGACUUCCACCUGUAUCUCCCCCAUCCGUUGAAGAACUUGUACAAACACAAGUGAAAAGGGGCCUCGGUCCAGAAUUCAACACCAAUCCUCCUUCUGUAUAAGGAUGUUUCAGACCUACGAUGACGACCAACACAGAGCAGAAAGCCGUCUGCAGAUGCAGAAUCUACACCAUAGCAGAUGCUGACGAGCUCCUGCUCCAUUCCUCCUCUCUGAUGAACAAGACUCGGAGUCCCACACUUGAUUCAGGACCUCAUCUGCCAACCCAGAGGAAGUAUUCCAGCCUUUUCCCUCCGAGGACCAUGCUCUCACGUGUGGAGAUGAUUCUCAUCCCAGCAACUCCACACUAGACUGAUCUGCUCCAGUGACAGCAGAAGGUCAUGGCCAAGGUCUCCAAAAAGCAAACAUCUGAUGCUUAGGUCACAAAAUCUGCCCCCUCAUCCCCAUUACUGCAUCUAAUAAUUAUUUCCAUAACUGUAAUG